CGCGAUCAGACGUCGACCCCGUGUCGACUUCCCCGGCAUACUCGAAAAGUUUCUGUGAUUUGUGAAGUGUAUAUUGUGUUGUGUUAUAUCGUGUUUUCAGUGUGUUUUAUUGUGUGUUUUCCGUGUUUGAAAAUGGAUGAUUUUUGAGUUUUUUUCGGGCGCUGAUAAAAGUUCACAAUGAAGACUCGUACAGUGGUGCUGGUGAUAAUCCUGGGCUGUGGCGCGGCGGCCAUCUUGUUUGCCGUAGCCGCCUACCUCUACAUACGGCGGAGGAGGAAAAAGAGGGAGGACGAGGAGGACGGCACCAGUUGUGCUAUCAGAGCUGACCAAUCUUCCUCUGAUGGAGGAAGGGAGAAGAGCACAAACAGGUUGAACGGUUUCCUCAACCUGAAGACACCACUGAUCAGUACAAAGACUCUGGGAGCACAACUUGAGACAACCUCAAUAAGCUCUCCCCAAGCGAAGUCCCCGGCUGGUAGCAGCGCUGGAGCGGCUGCGAGUGCCUCCACAGCACCUGGUGAAAGGACCCCGACAGCCCACAACAAGCAGCUGCAAAAUGUCAAGGGGCAAGACCAUCCACCGCACCCAUCUGUAGAAGAGAACCGAUCGAUUUCACUGGUGGACAUGUAUAUCGACAACUCGGAACCAUCGGAGAACGUCGGUCAGAUCCACUUCAGCUUGGAGUACGACUUCCAGAACACUACUCUGAUACUGAGGAUUAUACAGGGUAAAGAGCUGCCUGCAAAGGAUUUAAGCGGGACAUCAGACCCUUACGUGAGGGUGACUUUACUCCCUGACAAGAAACAUCGCCUGGAGACCAAGAUCAAGAGACGUACCCUCAACCCGCGGUGGAAUGAGACCUUCUACUUCGAGGGGUUCCCGAUACAGAAGCUGCAGAGCCGGGUACUUCAUCUGCACGUGUUUGACUACGAUCGGUUCUCAAGAGAUGACUCCAUUGGAGAAGUGUUUCUGCCAUUAUGUCAGGUGGACCUCAGCGAGAAGCCGUCAUUCUGGAAAGCCUUAAAGCCCCCAGCCAAGGACAAGUGUGGGGAGCUUCUGACCUCCCUGUGUUACCAUCCCAGCAACAGCGUCCUGACCUUGACCCUGCUGAAGGCGAGGAACUUGAAAGCCAAGGACAUUAAUGGGAAAUCAGAUCCAUACGUAAAAGUCUGGCUUCAAUUCGGCGACAAGCGCAUAGAAAAACGCAAGACGGCCAUCUUUAAAUGCACCCUGAACCCGGUGUUCAACGACUCGUUCUCGUUCAACGUGCCCUGGGAGAAGAUCCGGGAGUGCUCCCUGGAUGUCCAGGUCAUGGACUUCGAUAAUAUCGGGAGGAACGAGCUCAUUGGGAGGAUAUUGCUUGCUGGUAAAAACGGCUCCGGCGCAACAGAAACGAAACACUGGCAAGACAUGAUAACGAAACCGCGACAGACGAUCGUCCAAUGGCAUCGCCUCAAGCCCGAGUGAACGAACAACAAAAACAAAUAAUAAAUAAAUUAAAAAAAAAAACACAAAAAACGUCAUAAGACUGAACGGUUAACAAAAAUUUAAUGGCACACCAAUCUCUCUGAGCUGUCCUUGUAUUGGCGUUGUGCGGCAUUUUUUAAAGAUUUUUUAAUAAUGUUUUCAUUUUUUUUUCCUUUUUCGGCUUACAUUUUUAUUAAAUAAAGUCGUUUCAUUUUUUUAACUCUUUUCUGUAGUGAAUUUACGCAGUUAUGUAUUUAAAUGUUGAUUUUCAAGUAUCGCUGUAAGUUUUAUGUAUUUAAAAAAAUUAUAUUGAUUUACUAUUUUUCGCCUUCAUCUAAGCACACGCUACUUCUCGAAUCUUGACUAUCGUUAAAGAAAAAAAAAAACGUUAAAAAGUCUUAAAAACCUAAAAUUGGUGAUAUUUCUAAAGAAAGAAAAAUCAAGUGUUGAACAUUAACUUUCCUACAACAACUAUUUUGGAAUGCUGUUCAUGCAAUAUUAUUUUUUUAGAUACCUACAGUUUUUUUUUUUGCAUGUUUUAAAACUUAUCUGUAGAAUCCAUUUAAAUCCAUAAAUAUUCACAAAAUUAUUGAUUUAGUGUAUUUUUUAUUCAAUUUUCUUAAUGUUAUUACUGCCUUUUUCCUAUUUCAAUUUCUUUUUUUAUAUAUAUUUCAUGACACAGCAUUUCAAAAUAAGUUUUGAAUCUUCAAGCUAUAUUGACGUUUUACUUAAUAAGUAAUGGUUAAUGAUGAAUGUUAAGAAUUUUAAUAAUAAAAAUAUUGUUAGAAUUAUAAAAUAAUUGUUAAAAAUGUAGUAAUUAUUAUGAAAAGUCGGAUUCACAUCGCACAAAGAAGAGUAGAUUUUUGCGUUUGAAUUAUAUUUACCCGACUGUGAAGAAGGGUAUUUUUUGUUUUUAAUUGAACAUAAGUAAUUAAAUUGAUUAAUAAAUUAACCAAAUAAUUGAUGUCUAAACUUUUUCAAUUUACUUUUGGAUUGCUCAAUUACGAGUCAAUAAAAAACAUUUUUCAAAAAGAAAAAAUAACAUCAUUUACUAAAACAUUUUUUUCAAAAUCGAAAUCAUCAGAGUGUAUAGAAAAAAAUACCAAACUGCCAAAUUGUUAACAUUGAAAAAAAACCAUCAAAUGAGAUUUUUGAGAAAAAAGUGUCAAACGUUUGCUUUCUGUAUUAAAAAUGCUUAUUAUACUGAGUACAGAUUCUAAAUUAAUUGUUAAAAAUUAAGGAAGAGUUGCAAAUGUAUGAGGCUGGUCAAUUUUAGGUGAGAUUUUAAUGUGAAUAAGAGUUGUUGCAAGCCGUUCUUUGAAAAUCAUCCAGCAACUUUGGACAGCUUAAUAUGUUAGGUAGCAAACUUUUUUGUUAAAUAUAUAUAUUUAUAUAUAUGAUAUUAAAAAAUAUAAUGAUAAAAAAUAGUAUCAAAAUGCUUGUUGUUACAUGUUAAAGCUUACAUUCCAUAAAAGUAGUUUGAAUUGAUGUUAAAACGUAUUGAGAAAUUAAAAUAAAAAAAAUAAUCAUCAGAAUCCAAAAUAUUGUAUACAUUUAUAAAAGUUUUAUAGAUAUUAGCUAUAUAUAGGUGUACCUCGUAGCUUGUUGUUAUAGGUGUUAGACAGUUCAAUGUUCAUAUUAAUUAGUUGCAAGAAACGACAUCUGUUUAAAAAAAAGCAAAUAAUAUACAAAAAAAAAACUUUUACCCAAUUUUACUUCAAAAAAUCCUCUAACUGAGCUUCAAAAACCGAUUUUAGUGGAAAAAAUGUCGAGAAAAUAAUAAUUUAAGAUGUAAUUGAUAGUUUUAGAGUAAAAAAUCAUGAAUAUGGUUAGUUAUACCGAUACUUAAAAAUAAAGGAAAGACUAUAUUAGUCGUUUUUACUUGUAAAUAGGCAGUUGCAUCAGUAGAGUUGGUAAAAAUAACUGGUUCCUUAAGUAAAUGUGUUAGGAAUUUGCCGUUUCAGAGCCUUACGAAAUAAGUAUCGCUGUAACUGACCUAGGAUAAUAAUUGGAACUAGAAACAUGACUACAUACACUUUCAAUAUCCUCAAGUAAAUAGAUAUACUUGAAUUAAUGUGCCAGUAAAAGAAAAACAAUAGAAAAAAAAUAAUCAUAAAAACCGGUUUGUUGAAAUUUUAGUAAAAUAGCUGAGAUCUAUAUUUUUUACUCUCGUGUUUAUGCGAAUAUAAAUGUGUAUUUUUAAUGAGGUGAAAAAAACCUCAGAAGCGCUUUUUCAAUUUAUUUUUGCUAAGCUAUUUUGUAUAUUGUGUUAAUUUUCCUAAAACGCUAAAACGCUUUAUUUAUAAUUAGGUGACCACAUAAUCCUAAAAAAGGUUUUCUUUUUUACAUAACUUCUCAUAAAAAAGCACUUAGUGCUUGGUUCAAAUAGCGGGGUAAUUAGUGAAAAAGAAGACGGAUAACCUAUGUCAUACCUAUACCAAUUCUAGAAUUCUAGAAGUGAAAUCUACAUGGCGUUUUGAUGUUUACCUAAGGCCACGUCCUCACAAGCAGGCGACUUGCUUAGAGUCUAGCAAGUCACCUAAAGAGUACCUUAGUAAGAAGGAACAUUCUUAAAUGUAUGUGACCGAUCCAUAUUCGUUUGGGACUCACCUGGAAACGUGUUAUAGCAAGGCGUGUGAUGACUUGUUAGACUCUAGUGCCUAGAGGCUAGGCACUAAGCAAGCUGCCUUUUCUGCCUGGGCAGACGUGGCCUCACUGAAACUUUCAACCAAGCAAUGUUUAUUAUUCAACUGCCAAAAUUAGGAGUAUAUAGAAUCUAAUUUGACAGAUGAUGUCUUGUUGCGUAGUUACCCCGCAAUCCAACUAAAAUUAUUUUUUAAAAAUCGAAUCUUCAACUAUCGAAAAUUCUCAAAAAUAAGUACAACGAUUUCAUUUUGAAUUCAGUAAUUUUGAAAACAAAAGCAUAUCCAGGUAUUGGUAGGGAAGUUAAAAUAAAAAAAAUAUUGUAAGUAUAAAAGAAAGGUCAAAAUGAGAGGAAUUAUUCUAAUAAAUGUACAUAAAAUAGGAAAAAAAAAUUGAUUGUCGUCAUGCAAAGUUUGAGCUAUUAAAAAGCGUAUCUCAUUAAAUACUUAUAUACCUAAAAUAUUCAAUAAAAAAGUGUAUUUUUGCAUCUUCCGAUUACUACCUCUUUUUGCUUAAUCAAUAUUUUUUACUGUUGUAUAAAUUAUAACAGAAUAUUUUUCAACUCUAAAUAAUUAUGAGAAAAAUAUUUUUUCAUCAAAAACAGCGAUAUUAUUUUAUUAUUGAAAAAUUGGACAGUUGUUUGGCUUGGUAAAUUGUCAUCUAAAAAAUAUUAUUCUUACUUCCUCUAUAUAUAUACUUAAAUCUAAUUCUUAUUAUGAAAUUUCUUGAUAUUAUAAAACUAACGUAUAUAUAAUAUAUUUUAUAAGUCAAACAACUGUCCUAUUUUGCCUAUCUCUAAGCUUUUCGAUUCCAAAAUCAUUGUGAUGUACAAUUAUGACAUAUCAAACAUUUUUAUUUUCAAAGCCUUCAAGGAUAUAUAUUUUCGAAAAAAUCUAUAUAGAUUUAACACUGCGCACUUAAUAAUUAUUUUUUAGUUAAAUAUUUAUUCUUAGUAAACUACUUCACGUUGGUUAACAUUUAUUUCCUUAAAUACAUCUUGGAAAUUAUUUUUUGCAAAUUGAGACGUGAAAUUGACGUAUUUUUUUCAAUUUGAACGUACUUUUUGAUGUUUUGUAGAAAUAAUCACUAAAAAUGGUGAUUAACGCAUUUAUUUUUAAUCAUAUAACAUUAAUAUAUUUGAAUGUUACCAUGUAAACGCAAAUAACAUAGUAUUGUGGCAGAAAUAAUGAGUUAUAUUGCAAAAUGUGUAAUAUUUAGUGCUUCUGUCAUCCGCCAUUUUGUCGUGAUCGCUUGAAGUUUAUUUAAAAAAAGUUCGGCUCAAACGGUGUAACUAAGUCGCGAUCUGUGUCUAUUUUGUGCAAUAUAAAUGUUAUAAAAUUAGGAAAAAUGUGAUUUUAAAAAUAUAGUUGAUUAUAUUUUAUCGUAUAGUUAAAAAAACGUUUUAAAAUGUAAUAUGUAAUAUCAUGUAACGUUAAGAUAUCAGUGUUAGAUUAGAUAAAGAAGUUACAAACAUAUUUAUAGACUGUUAUGUUUAAAAAAUAAGAAUGUAUUCGCUUCGAAAUCAUUUUUUAAUUUUUUUUUCUUAUUUUUUUUUUUACUGCAUAGCAUAGGUGUCAUUGUUGUUUAUGAUUUUUUAGUGUUUUCAUGUUAAUUAAGGUUUUUAGGUGUACGGUUCAUUAAAUUUAUUAUAUUAUACACGUAUUAAAAAGUGUUGACAAUCAUUAAUGUAUUGUGUAUUUAUUAAUUGUAAUUAAAUUCAUUAUUCCCGAAUAAAAUAUUGAGUUAA